AGCAUUUUAAAGCAGUGCACUGCAUGAAGUAACACCAGUCUUGCGGACGCAGCCGUGAUGAUGACUCUGAGUGUGACUCUCUGCUUUACUGCUGUUCUGUUCAGCCGAUACAGCGCCGUUCUGACAGCAGGCUCUGUGAUGAAGAAUCAAGGAGAAAAUCUGACCAUGGUGUGCACCACAGAGGACACUGACCCAACUGGUUUAUAUCUACAUCUAAGAUGCCCUGAGAAACAUGAAGUAUUUUACUAUGACUUCAAUAGUAAAACACUGAUGUUAACCCCUGAGUACGAUGGAAGAGUCUCCAUCAGUGGCGACCCCAAGAGGCUAACAGUAACCAUCACUAGUCUACGAGUGAGCGAGACGGGCGUCUACACCUGCGUGUUUAACUUUUUUGACGGAAAACGUGUAGAAAAAGAGACGAAUGGUGUUCUGCUGUUUGUGAAAGAUCCGGGCGAGGUUCCAAUACAUUUUCCCAGUCAUCUCCACAAGCAAGAAGACACUGGGGAGCCAGUAUUGGAGGCCAAGAGAUUAAAGACCGAAGUGAUGGAGGACAUCUAGCGUCAGCUUUUACAGGAGGUCUCGUCCCUUCGGAAGGUGCAGGAAGAGCUGUUAAAGGUUGAGAGACAAAGACUAGAACUAGAAAAAGAGAAACUGAAACUAGAGAAAAAAGAAAUGUAAAGGGAUUUCAUAAACAGUGUCUGUCUUCCUUUAAGUCGACCUUCUCUCAGUUAGAUUAUUACGGGUUUGCAAUACAGAGUUAGUGGGAGGCACUGCAGCUCCCCAAAAGUAAAGGUAAAAUGCCCCCAGAACAAGCAACAACUUAAGACGGCUGCAGUAGAGGCCUGGCAGAGCAUCACCACAGAAGAGUGGUGAUGUCUGUUGGUUCUAGACUUCGGGCAGUCAUUGACUGCAAAGGAUUUGCAUCCGACUGUUAAAUAUGCCAGUUUAAUUUAUGAUCGUUAGUUUGUUGAAUUACUUUUGAGCCCCUAAAAAAGGUGUGGGGGGCUGUGUAUGAAAAUGGUUUACGUCCGAUAUCAUUCACUCUGCUUGGAUGUAAAUACUCUCAAAUUAGCUGAAAGUCUGCGCUUGCAACUCGUAUCCAUUAUUUAAUUUCCACUCCAAUAUAUCUUUGAGACAGCUAAAAUAGCAGUAACUUUGCCAAUGUCCAAAUAUUUAUGGACCUGACUAUGUUGUGAAGCACACCAGUACAUCUCUCCACAACUCGUUUUUCUCUGAGCGCUGGUCACGUCUGCUCCUGGCAGUCCCAGGACUGGCCACCAGACAGCACUGUUUCCCAGGUACUGUCUCUGUGGUUACCCCUGGUUAUUUCCACCAAUAGUCUAAUCUCAUUGCCCUGCCUAUGUAUACUCUGUGUCUACAGUCUUGCCAUUUGUCUACUCUCUGCAGUUCUUAGCUUGGAUUUACCUGCAGGUAUUGGAGUCCACUUGCUUCCUCCAUCUUGGCUUUGGUUAGCGUUUUUUGGUCUCUCUGCCUCUUAUUUCCUCUCUCUUAUCUGGUGUUUUGUACCCAUUUUUACUGUGCUCUCUAGUUUGUGAUUGUUCCCUUCACAUGGAUCCUGGAGUCCUCAUUUCUUAUUGUACUCUUUAUUUGCUUUUCUACCUCUCUGCCAUUUUAUUUGCUAGUGAUUGAGUCCAAAAUGACUAGGUAAGGUUCACAAGUCUUCUGGGUUUUUAUGUGUAAUGUUGAUAUUGUUAAAAUAGUGUUCAAUCUGAAAAAAUAUCUUUAUUUCGGGCACUAUUCUGCACUCCGCUAGUAAUUAUGGUUUUUAAAGACACUGUCACAAGUGCCAGAAAAAAGGGCACAUGGCUAAAAACUGCAGAGGUUUUAAGAGUAGUCAGAAAAUGAGCUGUGUUAAAGCAAAGUGAAAGCUGGGUGAGCACAAGGCAGAGUGUUCCUAUAGUAUGUUCCACAUUCUGUGUAGUACUAGAGGUUGAUGGGAAGGAGUUUAACAUGAAAGUGGACAUGCGUCCGUUUCACCCCAGUCGUGCUGAUAAUGAAAGAUGUUAAUUGACAAUAAACCAGGCCUCGAAGUUUGAUGUGUACCCUCUACCACGGGUAGACAAUCUUUUUGCUACACUGGUGGCAACAUGUGGUACAUGUCCACCCCCAUGAAGGGAUGGCUUCCUGCCCAGCGGUUUUCCAGCAUGCGGUGGAUUGUCUACUACAGAAUAUUUAUUGUCUGCUUAGACAACAAUUUAGUCAUAGGCAAAACUGAGCAGAAGCACCUACAGUAUCUCAACAAAGUGUUAAGGAUGAUGUGGGAGGAUGGUCCUAUGUGACCUACCUGGGUCGCUUCAUUUCAGAUGAGGGUGUAUCCCCAGUUGAAGAGUAAGUUAGUGCAAUUAAGGAGGCUCCAAGUCCAAAGAAUGUUGGAAUAGCUCAGGUUGUUUCUGGGGUUGGUGAAUUAUUAUGGUAAGUUCUUACCUGACUUCUCUACUGUACGGGCACCCCUCUACCAGCUGCUGCGUAAAGAGAGGUGAUGGAAAAGGCAGGCCACAAAGAAAAAGGCAUUACAGCAGGCAUUACAGCAGAGGCUACAGCAUUCAACAAAACCUCUUGCGCACUUUGAUCUAGGCAGAGAGAACAGUUUUUCUUGCGAUGCAUCCCCCUGUGCCAUAGGGGGAGUUUCGUUCUCACCGUGUGGAAAAUGGCUUUAAAAAGCCUAUUGAGAAUGUGUCACAGACACUCACAAUGGCAAAAAGGGACUUCUCACAGCUAGAGACAAAAAGGCUAGUAGUAGUCUUUUUUAGCUUAUACUAGGACAUCAGCACAUACUGAGACAUAUCAACAGCCAAGAUGGUAAAAUGGACAUAAAAUGUUGUGGCUCCUGAAUGGGAUCCAGAGAAUUUCCUUAAAAGGGGAAUUCCUUUCUGUACAGUAAGCUCUCCUACAAGCACACCAGUUUUAUAAGGUAAUCAUUUUGUGUCUGUCUGUCUGAGUCGAAGGCUCUAGCCACUAGUCUUAAAAUAUAUCUGGACAUUUCCUCUCGGCUACACCACACCUAGCUGCAUUUCCUGUUUUCAUAAUGGCCUGGUGUCAGAAAGGAACAAAAGGAAAGAAUUACUAACAGCUUCCAAGGUGGUUUGAUUUUUGUUGAAAGGACAAUGAUAAGGCUCUCCUUAACCUAACUCCUGUCCUAGGCAGCUACCUACCUUUGCCCGGUGCAAAGACCUCCCCUGUCAGUGUGCCUCUGUCAGAGGAUGUCACCUUUCCAAAAGUCUACAAAAUUACUGCCCACUGUAACUGCCUUGGUCAACUGUAAGUGCUGUUAUUGUUUAGUGGAAACAUCCAGGAGAGACAAAAGCUGAGGGGCGAAAUAGUGGGGCACACAAGCUCAAAGCUUAUUUUAAAAAAAUGUUGGUGUGCUUACAGAACAGCUUUAUGGUAUAGAAAUUAUGGAAAUCCACAGAAUUUCUUUGACGUAGUGGCAACUCUGAAGUUUGGUGGGGGAGGGAUAAUGAUCUGGGGUUGUUUUUCAUGGUUUGGGUUCCGUAGUUCCAGUGAAAGGUGAUUCUACAGCAUACAAUCAUAUUCUACAGAACUGUGCUCCCCAAACAGGCAGAAACACAAACAGGAACUGAGACUAACAAUAGAACAAGGAUUGUUCUGCAGAAGAUGUUUGCUGCAGAAGUGUGGAUCACUGAAAAAUAGGAAAGUGACUGUAACUCAAAUAUAAAGCUAUUUAAACUCAAACCUGUUCAGUAACUUGACUUAAGUUUGCAUGAUUUCUUUUUAAGUAAAGUCGACUAAUUUAAGUCUAGAGUGGUGAGUGACAAACUCGCUGCCUUCAUUAUUGAUGGUCUGGUCUUAUAUCAUGAAUGAGGCUUUAAAGCAGGCUGUAUGCACAAGUUUGACCCUUUAAAUUCCAGGCUUAUUACAUAAGGCUUAUUAUUUAUCAUUAUUAUUACUAUUAAGCACAGGGACUUCAAUGCAAAUGGGCUGAGCUAAUAUUAGGAUAUAGAAGUGUGUAGAGUAUAGAAGAUCUUUCUGUGCUCUGACAGUAUGUUGAAAAUGUAAUAAAAGACUUCCAUUUCAUUUUUAAUUACAUAAAUUUUACUUUACUUGUGCUCACCUGCAACGUUAUCAUACUGAAAACACAGCCUCAUCUUUCCACCUUUAUUUCUAACUGCUUGAAUGUUCGGUUCAAAUAACACUUAGAAGACAGGCUUCAUAUUUUCAGAAGCACCCAAAACAGAAAAAAAUUAAUCAUCUGACAUGUACCUACCAAAGGAAGAAGGAAGAAAUCUGUGCAAUAAAAAAGCAGCAGUGCCGUCGGGUACAAAGUGAAAGUGAUUAAAACUUCCUCUCCUUGCUAUUUCAGCACGUACUGCAUGAAGUGACACCAGUCUUGCGGAUGCAGCCGUGAUGAUGACUCUGAGUGUGACUCUCUGCUUUACUGCUGUUCUGUUCAGCCAAUACAGCGCCGUUCUAACAGCAGGCUCUGUGAUGAAGAAUCAAGGAGAAAAUCUGACCAUGGUGUGCACCACAGAGGACACUGACCCAAUGGGUUUAUAUCUACAUCUAAGAAACCCUGAGAAACAUGAAGUAUUUUACUAUGACAUCAAUAGUAAAACACUGCAAUACACCCCUGAGUACGAGGGAAGAGUCAACGCGAGCGGCAACUCCAAGAAGCUAACAGUAACCAUCAGGAGUCUACGAGUGAACGAGACGGGCGUCUACACCUGCGUGUUUAACUUUUUUGACGGAAAACGUGUAGAAAAGGAGACGAAUGGUGCUCUGGUGUUUGUGAAAGGAGUGAAUGAGACGACUGCCCAAGCUCCUCUUAAAGAACCGUCUGCCAAGCCAGAGAUGCUUGUGCUGGUGUCCGUACUCCUGGCCUGCGCUGUUGUCAUACUGUGUGUGUUGGUGACCGUGGUGUGGGUAAUACCCAAGGUAAAGGCCCUGUGUGCGAGUUGAAGAGACGGAUGGUUCCAAGGCUCAUAACUCAGUAUAUGAAGAUAUGCACGCCCAUCGUAUGCAAAGGGGCUAAUCUGACCCUUUAAUGGUCGAGAAAGUCUUGAAAGAUUUUUGUUAUGCAAAUUCUCUCAAUUAUACAUUCUCAUAUUAAGGUACCAUGACUGAACUACAUCAGAGGGCAGAACUGCAUCUUACACUGUGGUCACAGCUUAUCAACACUAACAUUUGAACUCUUAAUAAUCUUCUUACCACGGUAAAAUUAGCUGUGUACAGGCUACAGCAACUCACUAAACUCACUUAAAGCGAGCUCAGCACCAGAGCCAACCAGCCCUGGAUUCUGCACCAACGUUUUUUUUUUCUAAUACAUUUUAGAAUAAUUAUCUUUGACAAUUAUUUUAAGUAUAAUUUUCAGUAAAAGUAAAAGCACCUUUCCGAAAAAAAACAACUUCAGCAUAAGUACAAAAGUAGCAGCUCAAAAAAUCUACUGAAUGACUGAGAAAUUUACAGAAUGACGGUGGAACUUCCAAGUACAUCCAGCAUCUAUCUGUACAGACACUGAAGUUUUUCUUCUCUUUUUGGACACUUUUGGUCUAAGAUAAUAUACUAAAUCUCUAAAAUGAGAGGAGUGAGUAGCAGUAAAGUUGUUCAGGAGCUGAACCAACACAACAGAAUGAAAUUAAACCCAUAGUAAGAAAUUAGGAAUGAAAUGUUAAUGACUAAAUGGUUUUGAGGACACUUUAUCACAUAUUUGCAGAAAUAAAAAAAUAUUUUAAUAUGUGAAAAAACUUCACUGAAGUACAUGGAACUGGGCAAAUGGAGUUUGUUACUACACACCUCUGGGCCACUGCAAUACUGAUAUUUCAGAAGGCUGCAAUUAGCAACUCAUCUUUCUAACCAGUCAUUAAAUUUAUUAAUUGUGGUUCUGAGCAUCCUGACUGAUCAUAGAUGUAUAGGAUUUUGUGGGGAGUUGGAUGAAUCAUGAUCACAAAAAAACAAAUAAUUUCAUCAAAAUAAUGCAGGCCUGUGCAUUUUUAAUAUAUUGCAUGAUAAACUGUAAUAUGUAGCAGAAUUACAGCAAUUUGGUGCACAUGGUCUUGACGUAUUCAUACUUCUGAGUUUUUCAAAUGAUACAUGUAUACAGUGCUGUGCAGCAAAAUAGACCCCAAAGAAAACUUCUUUUUUCAGAUUUGUCACUGUUUCACCAUCAUCAUUACAUAGAAAACCUCAAACACAUGUAGAUUCACUGGUGCUUUUGCGUAGCAAACAAAAUGGCCAUAAUUGUGUUCAACAAAAUUGCGUCUCCUGUCACCACCAUUGCAAAGAAAGGAGUCUGUAAGUUUCUAGACAAUGAACCAUUUCACAUCAAACCACUGUGAAUGACUGACUGUCCCAACAACUGAAUAACAGCACUUGAGAAAAAAAAAAAAGAAAUUUGAAUAAAAAUAAUAAUUAUUUUAAUAUUAAUAUUUGAAAUAUAUAAAUAUAUAUAUGAGGUCAGAGCAUGCUUGCGUUCUAUGAUGUUAUACUCGGUUCUGGUGCACAGACUUUUAUGUGAAAAGUGGUGUUAGGUAAGGGUGAGGCUAGCUAUGGCCAGUGUUGGGUGUUAUUGUAGUACGCUUCUGGGAGCCUAGCGGUGAACAGAGUGAGCCUACAGUUAGUUCUCAACCAUUGACCUUAAGUAAUUCAAUACUAAAGUUAGCUAACUUUCAUCUUUCAUUCUUUUCCUGAUGUUAGUUAGCCAGCUAGCAAAUUAAUAUCCAUUCUAAUUUUCAAAGUUAGCAGCAAACUAGCUACCAAAGAAGACAGAAUGUAUAGCUGUAUGCAGAUAUAGCUGGUUAAAAUAAUGUCACAAACACAGACAGAAUGUACGACAAUUAAAUACAUAUUCAUUAAUGAACGUUAGAACAUACUUCUUUAUUUCUUCUUAUAAUGACGUAGAACAACAUAUUUAACAUAUCAUCACACUACUUUUCUUAUACAUGUGUACUGUACAUGGUACCAUACCUUUCCCCACUAACAAAUUCCCAUACUGAUGUAGUACAGUAGAUUUAUACUAUGAAAAUAACCUGUUUUGGUGCUAUUUUUUUAUUUCUUUCUAAUUUUCAUCUUGAUAUAUUUUAAUCAACAUGCUCAUGAUGAUGAUGAUGUGGCUCAUGAAACCUGUGCAAAUAUGUGAAAAUAUGAAUAUAAAACAGUGAACUGCACUGCAUUACACAGAAGCAGCUGCUUUUAUGGAAUCAAAAAAGGGUGAUUCAUGUUUUGAGCUUGUGAUAUGAUGAAAUAAUGUUCACAAAUAAUUGCAAAGCCUGCAGUUGUGUUUCACCUGUUGUGCACAUGUGAAAAAAUUGGCAUGCACAUAUCUGAAUUUGUGAACUUGUGAAAAAAAUAGUGAAUAUAUAAUAACGUUUUGUAGCUAUAUAAAUAUUUUAUGCAGAUAUAACUUGAACAUGUAUAAAAAAGAUUUAGUUGUAUGUAAAAAUAUUUUUUUACAUGUGUAAUUAAAAUUUUGCAGGAAUAUUUUUAACAGUAAGGUUAGAUACAUAUCACAGGCCUUUGUAAGCAAAACAGUGGGAAUCCCUGUGUUAAUACGUGAACAUAAUUUUGUGUUAGCGCCUAAAUAUUUGGCGUGUUAAUGCAACAACAUUGUACCCUUUAACACGUUAAGCAAUAAGCUUGUGCAUUUGGGUUAUGGUGCUGUUGGAAACCUUUGUGAACCAUAAUGCUUGACUGCCACCUACUGGUUUGGUGUUAUUGUUCAAACAACAUACAGAACCAACAGACUAAAUAAUGGAAAAUUACAGUUUAUUUAUUUAUAUAAAUAUUUAUUUGAACAAUUUCGAAAGAAAUUAUUCUGUAGGCCAGUUGUAAUGGAAUUGUAAAUAGUGAAAGGAAUAUCUGCUCAUUAACAUAUGUGUAUAUAUACAUAUGUGUGUGUGUGCAUGGUGUGUUUGUGUAUAUGUGUGUGUGUGUGUAUAUAUAUAUA